AAUGACACAUACAGUUGACAAAGUGACUGUUGACCUGACUAGCAAAUGUAAAAUCGUUACUGUUUAAGAGGGAAAUGGGUUUUCAAAAGUCUAGUUUUGAUAAGUUGAUUUAGAAAAUCAAAAAUUUUGCGGUAUCCAGGCUAUGCACAGAGACCGAAACUUUGAACGCAGAUUGAUGGUGAAUAAAUUCAGCAACAGGCCACCGUUCGACCUAAAAAAGCCUAAAGAAUUGUACGGAAUCGAAGAAAAGAUUAAAGCAUAUCCAGAAGAAGCUUGCAAAAGCUGCUGCAGAAAUCGAACUGAAACGUGCCUAGAACUUAAAACCAACAAGUCAAUGCCAUCGAAAAAUACUGGGAAACAAUUAGGAUCAACUCCGGGAAAGCGGAUUAUUGAAACUUUUCGCAAAAUCACACCGGCUAAUCAAUUGGAAACUCCAAUGAGUCAAAACAGUUCAAUUCAGACUAUUUACAGAAACAGCAAAACGUGCCAAUUGGGCAAGAACAUUCCAAGGCAUAAGCUGAUGAAAAGCUUGCUUCAAAAUCUCGAUUCCGACGAAAUGCACGAAAGCAAAACGUUUCCAAAUAAGGGCAGACGAAAAUAUAAAAACAGCAAAAAGCAAUUAUUUGAAAAAGAUGAAGUGGUGCGGACUGAUUUCAGUGUGAGUUUCAAUUUGAAGCAACAGAACAGAAACGCAACAGUUAAGCAAAGCGAACAUGUGGGUGCACCUCAAAAAAUGGACAAAAAAACCAGCACUACCGGCCUUCCAUGGCCCGCUAAAUCUACCGUCCAAAUGAAGAAAAAAAGUUCACAAUCGUGUAGAUGCCCUAAAAUCGAUUCCACAAAUUUCCGCCUAAUUAAAGAAGAACGAAAUGCGGAUGUGUGGUCGCAGUUUUCGACGGAUAGUUUUUUAGAAGAAGUUCCAACAAAAGAUGUUUUAAACUGCAAAAAAAAGCAAUUUGAGGCCAAUAUUCCUAAUAAAGUGUUGGAAACUCGCAGUUGCGAAAAAAGGGAACCGAGACGACAAAAGUCCUCAAAAACCAGCACUCAAAUGAACAAUAGCGCGCUAAAGUUGAAGUCGAAUGAAAAAACAUUUGUACAAACACAAGUGGAAAAACUGAAUAAAGUGCUGAAAACCCCAAAAUUACCCGAUUCGAGAUAUUCUAGAAAAGCGAGUGAAUGCUUUGAACCGCGCCAUCCUCAGUAUAUGCCACAUAUCCAACAUAAAAAGGAAAUCAAUAGCAAGUACAUAGGAAUGAUGAACACAAUCCGGACCAACUGUCCGCGUUUUGAAAGUUCAACUAAUGCUCGUCCGAAUGAAAGCGAUUAUGAAUGGUCUGAAGCAACAGAAACGAGCUUGAUUGCGGAACGGAUUAAAUUCCCUAGAGAAACCAGAAUAGCAGUUGAUCAGCACCUUAGGGAAGGAAGAGCUAAAAUCCCUUUGUCUAGAUUUACGAAAAUUGAUGAGAAGAUUUGUAGACCAGCUAUUCCUCAAAGGGAAUGGGCCUAUGAACAUUCAUACCUUGAAGCAUUUGACGAAAUCAAUCAACAAGGAGAUUAUGCUAGAAAAAAGAAGCAAACAACAGAGGCAAGAAAACAAACGCCAAAGCUAAACAUACCAUGCAGGAAAAAUUUAUUAUGCGACAAAGGGCAACAGCAUAAAGGGCAGUGCGGUUAUACCCAUAAUAAUAACAAAGUUAUUUAUUAAAAUGUGAUUUUUCUCUCCACGACAAUGAAAAGCAAAACAUUUAAGUAUACAUUUGUUAUCUUUUCAA